AUGACGAGAGCACUGAUUCUUGUGGCUAUAUGUCUAAUGCUUACUCUAAACAAUGCUGCUGAGACUAAGGUUCACAUAGUGUAUCUAGGUGAGAAACAACACGAUGAUCCUGACUCAGUCACCGAGUCUCAUCAUCAGAUGCUUUGGUCAAUCCUCGGAAGUAAAGAAGCUGCACAUGACUCAAUGACGCCAUGGCUUCUCAGCUUUCGCAGCCAAACUAACCAAUUUCCAAGUGAAUCAACUCUCAGAUUCUACGAGUUACAGACAACUAGGACUUGGGAUUACUUACAACACACUUCAAAACAUCCAAAGAAUAUUCUAAACCAAACUAACAUGGGAGACCAACUCAUCAUCGGCGUUGUUGACUCCGUUACACUAAACUGGUUUGGUUUUAUACUUUUAAAACAGGAAUAUGGCCAGAGUCUGAAUCAUUCAGUGACAAUGGUCUUGGACCAAUACCAAAACGUUGGAAAGGAAGUUCAACUGGGACACGCGGAGAAUCCAGAAUACAUCUCUCCUAGAGACUUCGACGGUCACGGGACACACGUGGCUGCAACAGCUGCUGGCUCAUUUGUCCCGGACACGAACUACUUAGGACUUGGGAGAGGAACCGCUAGAGGCGGGGCCCCACGGGCACGCAUAGCUAUGUACAAGGCUUGUUGGCACUUAGUUACAGGAGCAACUACUUGUUCAGCUGCGGAUUUGGUAAAAGCAAUAGAUGAAGCUAUUCACGAUGGUGUCGACGUUUUGUCGAUCUCCAACGGCUUCUCGGUUCCUCUGUUUCCGGAAGUGGACACUCAAGACGGUGUGGCGGUUGGAGCGUUUCAUGCAGUUGCCAAGGGAAUUCCCGUCGUUUGUGCCGGUGGCAACGCUGGUCCCUCUUCUCAGACUAUUAGCAACACGGCUCCUUGGAUCAUUACCGUUGCUGCAACCACUCAAGAUCGGUCUUUUCCCACAUUUAUUACACUUGGCAACAAUGUCACAGUUGUGGGUCAAGCAUUGUAUCAAGGUCCAGAUAUUGAUUUCACCGAGCUGGUUUACCCUGAAGAUUCAGGAGCAAGCAACGAGACAUUUUAUGGAGUCUGUGAAGAUCUUGCCAAGAACCCAGCUCAUAUAAUAGAAGAAAAGAUUGUCUUAUGUUUCACAAAAUCGACGAGUUAUAGUACCAUGAUUCAGGCUGCAUCAGAUGUAGUUAAACUUGAUGGCUACGGCGUGAUCGUUGCAAGAAAUCCGGGCCAUCAGCUUAGUCCAUGCUUCGGUUUCCCCUGCCUUGCUGUCGAUUACGAACUUGGAACUGAUAUACUCUUCUACAUACGUUCCACUAGAUCACCUGUCGCCAAGAUUCAACCUACAAGAACGUUGGUUGGACUUCCCGUGGCUACAAAGGUCGCGACUUUCUCAUCGAGAGGACCUAAUUCCAUCUCUCCUGCAAUUCUCAAGCCUGAUAUUGCAGCACCUGGAGUAAACAUACUCGCAGCGACUUCUCCAAAUGAUACAUUCUAUGACAAAGGAUUUGCUAUGAAAUCAGGAACGUCGAUGUCAGCUCCUGUUGUUGCAGGAAUUGUAGCACUCCUCAAGUCUGUGCACCCUCAUUGGUCGCCUGCUGCCAUUAGAUCCGCCAUUGUUACUACAGCAUGGAGAACAGAUCCGUCCGGUGAACCCAUUUUUGCAGACGGAUCAAACCGUAAAUUAGCUGAUCCAUUUGACUACGGAGGAGGCGUUGUGAAUUCAGAGAAAGCAGCAAACCCCGGUCUUGUUUACGAUAUGGGAGUUAAAGAUUACAUCCUCUACUUGUGUUCAGUUGGUUACACAGAUUCAUCUAUUACUGGACUCGUCAGCAAGAAGACAGUAUGUGCAAACCCUAAACCUUCAGUUCUUGAUCUCAAUUUGCCUUCAAUCACAAUCCCAAACCUUGCAAAAGAAGUUACUAUCACUAGAACGGUUACCAACGUUGGACCAGUAGGGUCAGUUUAUAAGCCUGUGAUUGAGGCUCCAAUGGGUGUUAACGUGACCGUGACACCAAGCACAUUAGUGUUCAAUGCUUAUACCAGGAAGCUCUCGUUUAAGGUUCGUGUCUUAACGAACCAUAUAGUGAACACUGGAUACUACUUUGGUAGCUUGACUUGGACCGACUCUGUUCAUAAUGUGGUUAUUCCUGUGUCUGUGAGAACUCAGAUCAUGCAGCGUUAUUAUGAUGAAAACUGAUUAGGCCUUUGUAUCUUGCAACUAAAACUUUAGAUUCUGCACUCGUUUAUUUGUUUUGGUUUCCUUUUUUG